AUGCGCAAGGAGGCCCGCAUCUUAGAAGUCAACCUUGAAGCCAAGCUCGUCGACUACUCCAAGCUCGCCGCCUCGCUCCAAUCCACCACGCGCUCCUCCUUCGACUCCUCGCGCGGGACCCCGGAAGGUAAGCCCCCACAUCAUUCCAACCGCCCUCUUUCCUCCUGCGCACCCUCCUCCUUCGCGCCCACGUGCUGA